CGCUCGCCUGCAGCACGCGGCGAAAGGGAGGAGAGCGGAAGUGGCCGCACUUGCAUCAACAGUUUGCUGCUGACACGCCGGCGUGCAGUGUCGCUGUGGAGGCUGUCGAGCGCGAAGGGUGUUGUAGUACGCGUUGCCGGCACGCAGAUUAGAGCAGAUUAGAGCUGGAGCUAGGCCCGGACCCGCAGUGCGCGAUCGAUGGCGGCGGCAUUUCCCCGCCUAGCAGCGCUCUAGCAUUCACGACUCCGACCACGCCGCGAGUACUUGACUGUGCCAACGUGCCUGGCGAUGCACCCCCGUCUGCAGACGACCUCGCCCGAGGAUGCUGCCUAGGAAGUCGCCCGUCCUCCUCUCGUCGUGCGCCACUGCCCUGACGCCCCUCCACGCCACAUCUGCCGCGCCGCACUCAUGUCGUCAUACAUCGCCGAGACCGCAGCACACGACACAGCGUCGCACCUAUGCCCAGCACGUCGAUGGCAGCGAGGCAGACGUGCUUAGCUGGCCUGAGCCCGUGCACCCGCAUACCACCCCGACGCCGUACCAGAUCUUGAAAUCCAGAAAGGGCGAUGCAUACAACAAGAGCCGCUACUAUGCCCUCGUCAAGCUGUACCAUCCGGAUCGCUGCCACCCGGGCUGCACCACAUACACCCUCCCGCUGGCCGUCCGCCUAGAACGCUACCGCAUGCUCGUCGCUGCACACGACAUCCUAUCUGACGUCGAGAAGCGGAAGGCGUACGAUGCGUGGGGCGCUGGCUGGACCGGACACAACCGCGCUCCUUCCUCCAGCGGGGGCACGCGGCACCCGUAUGACUGGGACCUUGAUCGCACGCGAUGGAACACCGACCCGCGGGCCAACGCAACGUGGGAGGACUGGGAGCGAUGGUACGGCGAGAACGACUCGUCGCACCCCAAAGGCGAGCGCGCCGUCCAAAUGAGCAACUUCACCUUCAUGUCCCUGAUCUUUGCGUUCGUGGCCAUCGGUGGCGUCAUGCAGGGCACGCGCUUCAGCGGCUUCCACAACUCAGUAGUUGAGAGACGAGACCAGGUCCACAGAGAAGCGAGCAGCGUUUAUCAGCGGAGCAGGCAUGCUACCAUGAGUGGCGACCGAGACGAGAGGAUACGCACGUUUCUGUCCCAUAGAGAGGCAAAUCUGGCCGGCGAGGAGAGCUAUCAUCGGCUGCUGCCGCCGAGCGAGCACUGCACGCCGAACGAGCCAGGGCGGCAAUGAGGGGUACUUCAUGCUUGAAAAUAUGACAGGCAAAUUAGGCGUUGGAUGGUAUUCUGUACAUACUUUGGCUACGACCAGGCACGGCGUACAUACCUCAUGUGAUGGGUUGGUCUUUCAGGGCCUCCAGCAUGCUACUAGCAACACCCACAUACAGCAUCCUUGUCGAAUCGAAACAAAUCGAUCUUGUAAACGAAAAGCCCGAGACUUGUUCCUGCCAGAGCCUAUCCGUCCGCGAUUAGCUCAUUGCACCCUA